UGCAGUGAUGUAACUCUAAUAUGAGUGCUUCCCGACUUCCAUAUAAAGUGUCAGACUUUGCCAAAAGUUUAGAUGAAGACGAAUUUAAAAUAUACUGUAAAGUACUUGAAGAUCUAAAAUGUAGUGAUCCGUUGGUAUUGGACCUAAAUUUAUUCAAAUGUGGAAGUGAACUAGAAACGUUAAUCCCUCCAAUAACUAAGAACCACAUGAUUAUUCAUUUAGUCGUGGGGCGUAAUUGCAGUGACGGUGAAAAAGUUGAGGCCAUAAACAAUUUAUUGUCCUCAGAACAAUACUUGACUAAUACCUUCUUGGACAAACUUCUUGCAUUCCCCUUGCCAAAUGGAAUUGUGAUUCUCAGAAGCCAUAUAAUUCACUCACAAACUUUAUCUGCUAAGCCAGCCACACCAUGGGUUGGAUUGCAAAGCGAUGGAAAAAUUUUAUUUGCUGUCUGUGACUGUGUUGCUGGACUAGGUAACAGCUGUAUUCAUGUCAGUGCAUUACUACAACAAGCCAUCCAUGAGCACCAAAAGGAUAAAUCGACAACCACAAAUGCAACAACCAUAAGUGCUGAAAAUAGAAUUCCUGUAACAUCACUGCCAUGUAACUGGAAUAAACCAGGAAAGGGUCCAGUAACUAUUGGAAAGAUUGGUGAUUUAACAACACUCCUUCCUAGGAAAAAAAGCAUUUCAGGGAAUCACAUUUUGCCAGUAACUGAUGAAGAAUUUAAUCAGUGUAACGCAGAAUUGGCUCUAUUACCUUUUCUUCCUGUAACCUUGUCAACUAUUGACCACUACGCUUCUUCUUUUACACCACCUACAGUGGCAAACAAAGUCCCAAAAUAUCUAACAACGUUUUUUGAUUGCAACCUAGAGGGGAAACCUUUUAAUGUAGUGGAAGAAGAAUGCGAACGUGUGUUGCAAUUAGUAACCCUAACUCGUGAUGAGCAAGAUGCAGUUGAACUGGUAACAAGAAAUCAAAGUUCCUGCGAAGAAUGGGGCAAUCAACGAGGUGGACGUAUAACAGGAACUAAGAUCUUCCGUGUCACAAAAUUCGAUUUUUCAAAACAAUUAACUCCUGGAAGCACACAAUUCAUUUUAGAAAUAUGCUACCCAGAGAUUAGUAAGUUCAAUGGUAACAAGUAUACCAGGUACGGAAUCAAAAAUGAGCCACUUGCAGCCAAAAAGUUUUCAAGUCAUGUUAAAGAAAACAAUCUACAUUCUAAUUUUGAUUGCAAAUGUGUUGGAUUAAUUAUAUCCAUCACUCACCCUUUUCUGGCAGCGUCACCUGACCGUAUCUGUCACUGCGAAUGUCAUGGGAAAUUCGUACUGGAAAUUAAAUGCCCUUUCCGCGUAAGCGGUUUGAAGAUCAAAGAAUACUCUCUUAAAAACAAAGAUUUCUUUCUAAAAGUGAAUCAUUCCACAGACAAUAUGUAUCUAGAGAAAGAUCACGAAUACUAUUACCAGAUACAACUUCAAAUAUUCGUAGCAGAAUGCAGAGAAGCGGUACUUGCUGUUUUCAACGGUUACCAGGAUAUGGAAUAUGUAACGAUCAAACGUGAUGAAGAAUUAAUUGAAAAGAUGAUUUCCAAAGGAAAGUUGUUUUUUCUUACGUACUUACUGCCUGAGUUAAUUUCUAAGAGAUUCAGUUCGGCAAAAAUUCUUCCAAACAGCGUUUUAUCUUCAACUGCAAGCACACAUCCAACUCUAAAUCAGUUUAUUUACUCUUGCCAAGAUAACACCAAAACUGAUGAAACAGUUUCUUGUUCAAGUGAAUUGUGCGUAAUCAAAAUUUACCACAAAAAAUGUACGAAAUCAAUUAGGUUCCCAACAAACUGGAUGUGUGUUUCUUGUAAAAAAGAAACUGCCAAAUUGAAAAGAUUGGAAUUAAAAAAAAACCGUGAAAAAGCUACAUCUACUACUUCAUUGAACAAUGAAACUCAACAACCACUUCCUACUGCAGUUGUUAUUAGUAAUGCCAAAGAUGACCAACAGCUGCAGAACACACCUGAACUAAUAAACAUUGAUAAGCCUACCUCCGAUGACUCAAACAAAGAGAAUAAUGAUCCCUCCGCCUUAAUUGUUUCCGGUAAAAAAACACGUGGCCGUCCAAAGAAAAAGCACUCACAAACAACGUUAAAUAAUCCUGUAAAUAAAACAUUGAAAGUGUUGGGGACAAUAAAUAUUUAAUUAUUCUGUGAAA